AUGGCCCCCAAGAAGGACGGUGAUUAUCGUUUCUGUGUCGAUUUUCGGCGUUUAAACGCAGUUACCAGGAAGGAUGCGUUUCCAAUGCCGCGAGUAGACGAGAUCCUUGACAAACUCGGUGGAGCACGCUUCUUUAGCACGUUAGAUUUGGCUUCAGGCUACUGGCAGGUUCCUCUAAGAGAAGAAGAUAUUCCUAAAACCGCGUUCACAGUUGGCCCAAAUCAUUACGAGUUUACUGUUAUGCCCUUCGGCUUGACAAACGCCCCAGCCACCUUUCAGCGAAUGAUGACGAAACUUCUCCAUGGGAUGAGCGGCUGUCUGGUAUUUAUCGAUGACAUCAUUAUCUUUGCUGACACCUGGGAGGAACACCAGAAGAUUUUGGAAGAGGUUUUGCAUCGAAUCAAAGCAGUUGGCUUGAAGCUCAAGGGAACGAAAUGUCAGUUCGGACGUGAAUCGGUUCAGUUUUUGGGACAUAUUGUAUCCGCAAGGGGUAUCCAUCCAAACCCAGAGAAAGUCCAAGCCGUACAAGAUUUUCCGACACCGUCUUCGUUGUCGGAUGUCAGAGCAUUUGUGGGAAUGGCCUCCUACUACCGCAGGUAUGUCCGUAAUUUUGCGGAUAUCGCCGCUCCUCUGCAUGAACUAACCAAAGGAGGCAGAGAAUUUUGUUGGACACCAGCAGCACAGCAAGCGUUUCAUACCCUAAAAACCCACUUAUCCACUUCACCUAUCCUUGCCUUGCCCAAUUUUAUGAUUCCUUUCACUGUUUACACUGAUGCUAGCGAUUCUGGUCUUGGAGCAGUGUUGUCGCAACGUGUUGGUUCCAGCGAAUAUGUCGUUUGCUAUGCUAGUCGGUCAUUGACAUCAGCGGAGAAGAACUAUUCAACAACUGAGAAAGAGUGUCUGGCCAUUGUGUGGGCCAUUCACUACUGGCGUCCCUACCUACUGGGAAAGGCGUUUCAAGUGGUUACCGACCAUCAAAGUUUAACUUGGCUUCAGGGACUAAAAGAACCCAAAGGUCGCUUAGCACGUUGGAUCUUAACCCUUCAAGAAUAUGACUUUGCCAUCGUACACCGCCCGGGUCGUGAGAACUGUAAUGCAGAUGCACUUUCACGGUCUCCUCUUCCAACUACAGUCGUCAGUCAUCCUCAUUUACCGGAUGAGGAGAUCGUCAUCGGGGUUAUCGUCAUCGGGGUUAGGGAGGCAACGAACAUGGUACCUCUAAGGAGAUCUACCCGUCAGCGCCGACCACCUGAUCGUUACCAGGACUUUAAUUUAGAUGAGCUUGAGAUCGAGGACGCUCUCACUUAA